GAGAAAGUUUACUUUGGGAACUACCGGUUAUAUCGUUGGCCAUUGAUAGAUGGGGAGAUUAUUACAUUGACGUGUAACAACAUGUCGCGGACGUACUUCGUAUGUUAUCUGCUCCUCAUCAGUUCCCUGGGAGUCAGUGGCAAAGAGGAAGAGAAGAGUUUCUGGAACGACCCUUGGUGUUGGGGGCCUGCUGUAGUGGGUGGUGCUGUAGUAGGCGCGGUAGCGGCUCCUUUUGCCCUUGGGGCCGGGCUAGCAGGAUUGGGGUUCACAGCAGCAGGGAUCAAAGCAGGCUCUGUGGCAGCGGGUGCAAUGUCUGCAGCGACGACGACGGGAGUUGGCGCGGGUGCCGUUGCAGCGGCACAAUCUGCAGGGGCUGCUGGGGUAGCUGUCACCACGAAGGCAGCAAUGGCCUUGGUUGGAGGAACCAUUGGCUACUUCACUAGCGGUUGCUCGGAGCCAAGUUGCGAAAAGGAGAAAAAUUGAAAAGAGAAGAAAAUGACGAUGUCAACUGAUGGCCAGUCGCAAAAAAAUAUCCGUCUGGCUCAAGAUCGCCCUAAUACUAAUUACUACUGCUUCUCAGAGAUUUCGGAAACGGUAUUGCAUGUGAUAAUACCAUUUUGAUAUAGGGGUGAAACCCCUAAAACCAUGCACGUCAACAUAUCCAACUGUCAGGAAAUCUCAACAGCAUGAUAAUAUAUAUUUUAAAAUUUAUAGUUGAGAGGAUAGUACAGUGUUUGUCACAUUUGGAAAAGUAACCCAAGGGUAAGACAUAUGUCUGACAUUCAUGUCUUACAUGUCUGGUAUAAGCUGUUGUCAUGGACUCUUUGUUGUAAAUUACACGUAGAAAUACUUAUUCAGAACCAAAGUAAAGCUAAAUUGAUUUAUUGAAAGUUGGUGUUUUUGUGUGUGCUUAUCCACAAUAAAGAAGUUGACAUCCA